CCCCAGCAGCCAAAAUGGUGAAGCAGAUUGAGAGCAAGUACGCUUUUCAGGAAGCCUUGAACAGGGCAGGAGAGAAACUCGUAGUAGUUGACUUCUCAGCCACGUGGUGUGGGCCUUGCAAAAUGAUCAAGCCUUUCUUUCUUUCUCUCUCUGAAAAGUAUUCCAACGUAGUGUUCCUCGAAGUAGAUGUGGAUGACUGUCAUGAUGCUGCUUCAGAGCGUGAAGUCAAAUGCACGCCAACCUUCCAGUUUUUUAAAAAGGGACAGAAGGUGGGUGAAUUUUCUGGAGCUAAUAAGGAAAAACUCGAAGCCACCAUUAAUGAAUUAAUCUAAUCAUGUUUUCUGAAGACAGGACCAGCCUUUGGCUGUUUAAAACUUGUAAAU